AUGGGUAUCGAGAGUGUGGUGCAACCAACUGAUAGAGUAUCAUCCGGUGGUCGUCAAGAUGCUACCUGUUCUGUAUGUGAGAUGGCUGUUGAUUGGAUGCAGAACCAGCUGAAGCAGAAUCAAACAGCAGAGCGGAUAAUAAACUACGCUGAAUCGCUUUGUGAUACAUUGCCUAACCCAUUGGGACAACCAUUUCCUUAUCAUCAUUUAGUACGGGUUGACCAAUGGCCAUCUGGACUAUGUUCGACUCAUACUCAUCCGUGCAAACAACCCAUCCCGACUUACUUCAGUUUGCAUGGUUUAUGGCCAUCAAACAUGAGACGUGGUCCGGAGUUUUGCGUACCUAAAUCGUUUGAUCCUAACCAGAUUACUAGCUUGGUUUCCAAACUUUCGACCGCAUGGCCAAGUUUAUUUGUAGGAAAUCAAAAGUUUUGGAGAAAGCAAUGGAACAAGCAUGGAUCGUGCUCUGCCUUUAACCAAUACCACUACUUUAAGUUGGCAUCCGAUAUUUGGGAGGAAAACAAUAUUACAGCUAUAUUGGAAAAGAAUGGGAUUACACCGGGAGCUUCUUAUAGAAAGGAAAGAAUUAGAGAUGCCAUUUUAUUUAGUGAGAUAAGUUUUGAACCUUCUCUCAUUUGUGUCAGAUCAUUCUUGACACAAAUCAAAUUAUGUUUGGACCCUCUAGCACUAUCCUACAUUGCGUGUCCUCAACUAUCUAACACUUGCAAAGGAAUGAUAAAAUUCAGGGCAUAG